AUGGGCUCUUUAGGGUCGCCCAGUCCACCCCAAUUCCUUGUCAUCGGCGCCGGGUCUCGAGGACACGCAUAUGCCCGCGCAGUCGAAGCCUCUACGUCGGGCACAGUUGCCGCCAUAGCAGAGAUCGAUGCGUUCAAACGGCAAGAAUUCGGCAAGAGAUACAUAUGGGGCAGAGACGGACAGCCUACAGAGCAUCAAUCUUUCGCUGGAUGGCAAGAGUGGGUUGAGUGGGAGACACGCAGAAGACACAAUGCAGACAAGCCCGGAGGGAUCCAGCCUGGCUAUCUUCCUCUCACCGGAGUCUUCAUUUGCACUUUGGACGAGACUCAUGCGCCCAUCAUCCGCGCGAUCGCCCCUCUGAACCUCCAUAUCCUUUGUGAGAAGCCGUUGGCGCUGUCCCUGUCAGACUGCGUGUCCAUCUCCUCGUCUCUUUCAAGAUACCCUCCGAAAGUGGUCUCAAUUGGCCAUGUGCUUCGGUAUUCGCCGCACAAUAUCAUCCUUCGCCAAUUUUUGACCGCCGAACAGGUCAUUGGCGAAGUCAUUUCUGUCGAACAUACCGAACCCAUCGGCUGGUGGCAUUUCGCUCAUUCGUAUGUCCGGGGAAACUGGCGACGGUCGACCCCGGAAGGUAUCGGUUCGUUGUUGACCAAGUCCUGUCACGACAUUGAUUUCCUCAUGUGGCUCCUCUGCUCACCGAGCCCACUCACUGGCAGCAAACCGCAUCUGCCGUCGACUAUAUCAAGUACAGGGGCCGUGACACAUUUCCGGCGCGCAAGGAAACCAAAAGCCGCGGGCCCGGAGACGACGAAUUGCUUGUCUUGUCCCGCCGAACCCGACUGCAUCUACUCGGCCAAGAAGAUCUACCGGGACCGAUGGCUACGAAAAGAGCGGGACACGGGCUGGCCACUGAAGAUUGUGGUGCCGGAAAUAGAGGACAUCGUCGCCGCCAAAGGUUGGGACGCUGCCGAAGAGAGACUGAUGGAGAAGCUCGGCGAAGACUACGUGAAAGGGAAGACGCCGGAUGACAUGAUUGCUAGUAGGGGCUGGUAUGGCCGCUGUGUCUAUGAAACGGAUAACGAUGUUGUCGACAACCAGACGGUCACUUUGGAAUGGGACGACGACCCUGUUCCUGGAUAUGAACUCGGUCGUGGGCCGAAGAGAGCCCUGUUCCACAUGACCUAUCCCACUCAAGCACAAUGCGAACGUCGCGGUAGGAUUUACGGGAGUCUGGGCGAAAUCACCUACGAUUCCCACACCAUCACCGUGCACGCCUUUGCGAGCGGGGAAACGACCGUCCACGAGAUCCCCAAGCAGGCGCCGGAAGUCGAAAAGAGCCAUGGCGGCGGCGACUGGGGUCUCGCCGGCGCAUUCGUCCGCGCCGUUCAGCAUGUAGAUGAUGGCACGAUGAGUGUUGCGCAGGCACAACGAGAGCUGGUUGGUUGUGACCUGGAAGAGAUCAUUCUCAGCCAUGCCGUUGUUUUUGCCGCUGAAGAGGCACGCAGAGACAAGAAGGUCGUCGACUGGGCCGAGUGGUGGAGAACCAACAGUGGGCAGAUGGUCGAGUGA